CCCUCGCAGCCCAGCGGCUCACAGCUCCCCAGACAGCCUCCCCGCGCCCGCGCCGCCGCCACCCGCACCCGGCUCCCCGGGGUGCGCCGCCCUCGGUCCCUCGCCCUCCAGGCUCGCAGGGACCCCCCUCCUCCCUCCCAGCUCGCGGCCCCUCCCGGCCCGGCCCCCGCCCAGCGCCCAAACGCGCCGAGGAUGUGAGUCCUGCUCGCCUCUGCCGGAACAGCAGCCACUCGCGCGCCGAGCCCGAGCGCAGCGCAGCGCAGCGCAGCCGCGGGCGCUCGCCGGGUGCCUCGGGCGGGCGGCGCUCUCUGGUCCUAGCGGUGCCCCCCGGCCUUCCGCCGGAGCCACCGCCGCAGCAGCCCGUGGGCCGUCCCCGGCCGGCCGCCCCCGGCCCCAGCGCCGCUGACCCUGUCCGCCGCGGGCGGGGACGCGGGAGGAGGAGGCGCCGCCGCGGAGCCCCCGGACGCGACCAUGUCGGAGGUGCUGCCCUACGGCGACGAGAAGCUGAGCCCUUACGGCGACGGCGGCGACGUGGGCCAGAUCUUCUCGUGCCGCCUGCAGGACACCAACAACUUCUUCGGCUCUGGCCAGAACAAGCGGCCGCCCAAGCUGGGCCAGAUCGGCCGGAGCAAGAGGGGGGUCCCAGACCGGGAGGCCUCGGCUCCUCCUCCACCGGUUCCUUUCCUGCCGCGGAGCCUUCUUUCCAAAUAAAUGCGCCCUGAGGUUGUUAUUGAAGAUGAUAGAAUUGAUGACGUGCUGAAAAAUAUGACAGACAAGGCACCUCCUGGUGUCUAACUCCCCCAAAGACAAUGAGUUAAGAGAGAGAAUAAGAGCGGCGAUAAACCUUAUUGGCAAAAAGAGCAUGAAAAGAGAAGGCACUUUGAAAUUUAUUACUAGCUUGCUACCCACGAUGAAAUCAACCUGUGUCUCGUAUCAGGCCGGGAGACGGAUGAGGCGUGAGAAGGAGGAGGAGGAGAAGGUUCUGGGUUCCUCUGCAAAAAUAAAAAUAAAUAAAUAAAUAAAAUUUAAAAAAUAAAAAAUCACUGUAUACACACAUAUAAAGAAAUAAAAAACAAGUCUCAGUUGCAGCUAUUUGUUGAGAUUAAUAUCCAUUUCUUUUUAUAUACAGUGAACAUUGCGCAAUUAUAGAUCUGGAUUUUGAACCACUUAAAUAAUAAAGCAACGACACCCGGGGUUUUGAGGUGUUGGCAUUCUUUGCUGAUUUGGCUGUUCCCAAUGUUUACAUUAUUUAAUCUUGCAAAAAUGAUUCUGUGCACUUGGAUGUGAAAUGCUGUCCAGUUUUAUUUUUUAUGUUGUUAUCCUUGGAUGUACGAAAAUAUCAGAAAAUGAUCUCUAUAGAUAUUGUUUUAUUUUGAUCAUCUUUUGAGGUUAUCAGGAAUGUGUUUAAAGCAAAAAAGGAACUUUUCUAAGGAAUGACACUGUAGAAAGGAACCUUGUUUUUAUUUAAAAAUGGAAUUGUAAAGCUUGUGUUUCUUUGUUGCUGCAAGCUAUUUGCCCAAGUUAAUGCAAAUGGACACAUUUUGUAUGUCAAAAAAAAAAAAAAAAAACCCACAAAAAAAUGCUUGAGCUUUUUCUACC